UUGAAGAACAGCAGCCUGUGAAAUAAAGGUAUUUAGUUUGACUAUGAAUUCUUGGAGAAGGGUUCAAGAUUUUCCUUGCCCUGGAGGAUACGUAAUUGGUCAAGAACCUGGGCUAUUAGCCUGUGGUGCUUCACAUUGGUUGGUACAUCUUUACAAAAGUUAUGCUGAUGAUAGAGAGAAAGUAAUUGCUUUUGAUUUUGGGAAGGAGGAGUAUCAAAUGUUGUCGCUGCCUUCUUUUACUGAAGUGUUCGACCAUAAUUGUCUAGCUGUCCUUCAAGGAUGUUUAUGCGUGUACUCAGUUAAGGCUACAAUUCAGGUCACACUAUAUGUUAUGAAACCAUAUGGGGUGAAAAAUGAGGAUUGGACCAAGGUGUUGACUGUUACUCAAGAUGCUAUUCCUAGGGAUUUUUUUGAAUACAUUAGGCCUUUGAUGUAUUCAAAGAGCGGUGAUAAAUUACUCUUUGAGGAGACCUUCCAAAGACUUCUUUGGUACGACUUGGAAGAGAAAAAAAAUUUCGAGAUUGAGAUAGGAAACAAGCCUCCUGCAUUCCUCGUAGAGGUUUGUUUGGAAAGUCUUGUUGUGCUAGGUGAAGACAAUAGUUUUGAUGGACGUGACGAAUCUAAUAGUGAUGAUGGAUCUCAUGGGAUUGAAGAUAAAAUUUUAGUGGAUGAGAGGGAUAUGACAAUGGGAGACGAAGCAUUAGCUCUCAUGCUAUUGGCAGCAACAGCUGUAGGAAAAGGGCAGGAGGCAGCUGAAACACAAGGAGGCAGGCGUGCUGGUAUUGAUGACCUUGACCAGUGAUGAUCAAUUGAUGUGGUGGAAUCGAAUUGAUGGAAGGCAUGGUAAGAGACUAAAUAAGAAGUUCAGGUAAUUUGUCAAAGUUUAUUUGAUGGAUUGCUCUUUCAUUCAUGUAGUCAAUGAAGUUUUUAUUUUUCAGUGAUUCUUGUGUUACAGAUUCAGUUUAGAUUAUACUUGAGCAAAAUUAAGCAUAUUACAGAUACAUCAUACAAUCCUAGUAACAUUAGAGAGAGAAAAUAUGAAGCAGUUGAUUUGUCCAACUUUUCUGUUUAGUGAAACACUUUACUUCAUUUUUUUCCAGUUCAUGGCCUAAUGGCCUAUUCUGUAAAAGUUUCUAUUUCCAUGACUUCUUCAGCUUGGUGAAAUUAUUCUCAUCUUUACUCAAAUUCAAAUGAAUAAAGCAGGACUGGAUGGGAAAAAACUUAUGAAUUACUGAAUAUUGUUCACAGUACUGUUUUUGGAUUACUUUCUUUGCUUAGCUAAUGCAUUUCUUCCAUGAUUGAUUAGUUUUUUAGUUCAUAUCCUGGAAAAGAUAAAGGUAUUGUAUUAUUCUCUUGGACAUACUUUUUGAAGUAAACUUAUUCUCUGGCGUUAUUUGUUGUCUCAUGUGAGAAGUAUUGUUCCUGUCAGGUUACUGCUGGACAGCUGAAGGAAAGAAGGGCCCGAUCAAAAAUUUCUGAGUUUUAAUUCUUUUGCUAUUUUUUGAACUAGUAUUACACUUGUGAAGCAUUUAGCUUAUCUUACCAAUGGCUUAUGCAGGGUUUACUUAUAUCCUUAAUUUCUAAUACACCAGAAAAACAAUAUAUAGAAUUGAGUUGAUAAUUUCUAUUUGAACAUUUGAAUUGACCAGUGCGAAUAUGAAAUAGUUGCUUCUUGA